AUGGCUUCAGAGGCUUUGACUACAGAAAAGAUGGAGGGUGCUAGGAGCUCCGGAGACUUCUCCAACCUGGUUCCCAAACCGCGUGGAGCUGCAGAGGACGGACAGGAUACACAAUCAGAGAGCGAGUCCGUGGGGUCCUCCCACCUCGUCGAGGACAGUGUCGAUCAGCAGUACCUACGCUACAACCAAGUAAAGCACGGAGAAAGAGCGACCCGACAAGCUAUUUUGCAGGCACCCGACCUCCCCGAGACCGAAGUCGACAUGAUCUCCUACAUCACCAUGGACGAGGACACCGAGUUCUGGACGCAGCAGAUUCACGUCCGGUGCUUGUACGGAGACGCGCUCAUCGCUCAGGCGAGAGGGCGCUACAUCGACCGGGAUGCCAUCCGAGCCAACUUCCUGGGCCUGACGUCGGACCUUGUAGAUGAUACGGCCUGCAUGACGACCGAGCUCUUCGACGAGCGGGGACACUUCAAAGCCGCGGUCGCGCAGAUGGGCAGCGGAGUCUGGGGUGACGAACUGAGCCAGGGCGCUCUGCUGACCAUCGACAUGAUCUGGGUGGACGGGGAUUGGCGCGGACAAGGCGUCGGAACCGCCGUGGCUGCCAGGUUCGUCGAGGCUGCUCACGGCUGGAAGGCAGACAUCCGGUUUGUCAUUGUUUGGCCGGCUGAGCUCAAUAUCAGUGAGUUCUAUCACGGACCAGAGGUUGACAAGGCGGCUAGGGCGGCUGCGAGCCAUGAGAAUGUGAAGAGGGCUAGGAGGUUCUGGCGCAAGGUUGGGUAUCGCAGGAUUGGGCAUACUUCUUACUUCGGGGAUGCGGUUGAUCCCGCGCAUAGGAUGCAUGGGCUUGCUGCAGAUGAUGAUUGGAAUUAUGCUGACCGGGUGCUGCCGUUGGCUUAA